CUCGAUGGCAACGAAGACAUUGAUCUUUUCGAAGAUGGCCAAAACGAUGAUGACGAUGAGAGCCAAGAUGAGGUUGGCCAAGACGUUUUCGCGGCCAUCCGCCGACACAAUGUCACUACCCAGCGAUCAAGGAGUGGGAUCCACAGGAUGGAGUACGCAGUA